UCCGAGGUAAAAAAACUGCUGGUCCAUUUUUGUAGAAGUAUGUUGAACUCAUUUCUGAUCUUCUGAACUUGGUGUUAGACGAUUCAUUUGGCCAUUUGGGAUACUUCACAAAGUCGGAAGUUUUAAUUUUCCCAUUUUCUUCCUCAAUCUAUGGCGCGCACAAGGCAAACUCCAUACGUCUUCAGAAUGUUCUCCAAGCUAAGGCUGCGGGGUGCAUCCUCCACCCCAGCUGCUGUUGGCGGGUCGACCUCCAACCCUGCCCCUGCCGCUGUUGGCGGGUCGACCUUCAACCCUGCCCCUACCGCCGUGGGCGCGUCGACCUCCAUCCCAGCUGGUGUGGGUGGUUCGACGCCCAACCCUGCUGGCGAGCACCACUCCUCAGAUUCUUCCAAUGCGGAAAACUUCAAAAUGAAGAUUAUCUUAGUCAAUGAAGGAGAGGAUCUCUUAGCAAAGAUUGUUGAUGCUACUAUCACCGAACCAGGGGUUGUUUUCGUAAUAACAAUCACUGGGACGUUAUCACGCGCCACAAUCCGACUACCUGCGGAACAUGGCGAACACAGAAUAUACGAGGGUCCGUUUCAAAUUCUUUCAAUAGUCGGUUCCUUUGUUCCAUCUAGAGGUGGACUUCAAAGUGACAAUGAUGGAAGGCUGAGUACAGCCUUACUUCAGCCAGAUGGAACAGCAUUUGGCGGUAUAGUAGCAGGACCUAUGAUCGCUGCAUCUUCUCUACAGAUUGUUCUUGGUUGCUUGCCCCAUGACGAGGGUGAGUCGUGAGAGAAGUAGAGGAAACCACCUUCAGAGUUUGAUUCUGCAUAAAUAAAACUGUAUAUGGUGCUUGUAAACCGAAUAUGUUGUCUUGAUAUUAAUUCUAUAGAAGAUGUUGUUGGUUUUAUGUUAUGCACAUAUUGUAGCAUGUUAUUUCGUAUUUUGUGGAAAUC